AUGGCGCACUCGGAGCGCGCGCUCGAGUCGGCCGCCGCGCCACUGAGCUCGAAGGGGAAGGAGCGCAGCUGCGAGAUCUCGGCGGCGGUUCUCGAGGUGGAUAUCCUUUGGCCGUCCUUCUGGCCCGCGGGGCAGACCGCAUUCGCCCACGCAGCCAACGGCACCGGCGACCUGUCCGCUGUAGGGCGUGAGGCCGCCGUGAUCUUCGAGAAGUCGCACACUAUCGUCAACAACAGGCAGAUGCCGCCGACGACGCUGUUUGCGAACCUCGUCGUCGCGUCGUUCAACGCCGUCGGUAACUUUGGUGCGGCGGCCUGUGCGCUCAGCAAAAGCAAUGGGCGGGCGUUUUUGGUUGCGGGCGACAGUGGCCUUGUGGACGUCAUGGGCUUCGUGAUGAACAACGAGCGGAACGGCGACACCCACCUCUGGGCGAGUGCCAUCGGCAGCCACGUGGCGCUCAGAAUCCGAAGCGCCACGACCAAUUACGCGCACAGCUUGGAUGUUGAUGUCCAGCUUGGAUGA